AUGUCUGAUUCGUCGUUUGUGAAGAUGGAGCCCCUCUCACCACAUUUGGAUGCAAAUAAUGAUGCUGUCCGCAAUGUCCAGAUGGGUUUCGCUAGUUUACACGAGAAAGACGUACAAUUGAACGAAGAAUUGAGCGACUUGAAUGCGGUUGAAGAAUUGGCUGAGUUAAACAAAUUGAACGAUUUGAACAACGUCGAUGACAAUGCCAAUGCAUCCUCGACUGGUUCUUUUGAUGUUUCUAAUGAUUCCAUUGAGGAUUCCCAACCCACUGAGUCUUACAAGCACUUAUCGUGUCUGUUAGAGCAGUCCAGAUCGUCCAGCCUGUCAAGUCUGGGGUCCGACAACUCCGAAUCCAGCAUCGAGCAAGCUUGUGACUCGUGUAGAAAGCGCAAGCUCAAAUGCUCAAAAGAGUACCCCAAAUGUUCCAAGUGCAUCCAGCACAACUGGUGCUGCUCUUAUUCGCCUAGAACUGUCAGAUCUCCUUUGACCAGAGCACAUAUGACCGAGGUUGAGAACAAAUUGGCCCAUGUUAUUGACAUGUUGCGGUAUGUUUUGCCUAGAAGCGUCGAUGUGGACCAGCUCAUGCACAUGGAUGAUUACACCAAGGCAUUACGAAUCCACAGAGACAAGUUGCUUGAAAAGCCCACAGACACUACACGCUAUAUCUCUGAUAAGAAGCUCCACGACGCUGGGUUUGACAAGCAGAAGAUCAAGCAAGAGAUCAUUGACGAUUUUGUGCUCAACAACAUCCCCACUGAUAAGAGGUUUCAGUUUGUUCCUCCACCAGUGGUGAGCAACAGCGUCGACAUGUCAGCUUUUGCUACGAGCAUGGACAUGGCCAACGUGGCCAAGAUGGACUUAACUAAGAUGGACACGUUGUCCAAAAUGGACACAUUGACCAAGAUGGGGUCAAAUCUGGAGUCUGAACAUCUGGUUCAGUCUGUAAAUUCUGCACGGUCGUUUGAGUCAACGCACCCGGCGUCGUUGACCAGCCCUUCGUCGCAUCUUUCAUUGAACUCGUACGAUCAUUAUGAUUACGAGGACGAAUUGGAGGGGUUGGGGAAGUGCUUGAAGAAGCAGAAGACCCAACCGAUCACCGAAUACACAUCGAUAUUUGACGAAGUGAUGUGUGACGAUUUUGCUUAA